GGCUAUUAUUUCUAUUCUCAUGACGUGAAAUGAAAAAAAAAACAUUUCAACAAAAAAAGGGAAGAAAAACGGUUAAUUCAUUCAGGAAACGAUUCUAAUUAAAACGGAUCGGAAAAGAUAAAUUGAGCAGAUUCUCGGUUUGUUUUUCAAAACAAAACAAAAAUUGUUGAAAUUCGAGAAGUAAGAGUGUUCAAACUUUGUUCAAAUACGAUUGUUGGUGAUGAUCUAUGAGCUAGAUUGGUGCUACUACAAUUAAUAAUCCUUCAAAAGCAAGAGAAAAGCCAAAUCGAAAGAAUAAUAUUGUUUUUAAAACCUUUUCAAUAAUUGAAAAGGAAACCGAUUGAUUGGACGUUUUUAGUUACGGCUCAUUCACACAUCGUGACAAAAUAUCAGUCACUUUAAGGAAUUUAAUAAUUUAACAAAAAUCUGCGAGUUCUUUUCGAGACGACGAACACAGUAAAGUGGGCAACAUAAACGUGCGACAGCAAAAGGGGAGCAAGUGGAAAAUAAACAAAGCAGCCAAACCAGUUUGGUUGAACGAGAGUUGAGCACAGAUAGAAGAACGAGCAAACGAACGAAGAGGGUUAAACAGAGAUCGGUGACAUGGCUGGAAAAGGAGACGGUCAAGGGGCCAGCAUGGUCAAAUUGGAAAAUCAUAUAUCCACCAUAAAAUAUUCCAUAUUCUGUUUCAACAUCAUCGCAUGGAUCGUGGGCGCAAUGAUGUUCAUUAUGACUGUCUGGAUACGUGCCGAGCCCGGUUUCGAAGAAUGGGUGCAAAUACUCAACAUAUACGUUUACUAUGUUGGCAUUUACAUUUUAAUUGUAGCCUCGGUGAUUGUGAUGAUUGUAUCGUUUUUGGGCUGUUGCAGUGCAUUAAUGGAGCACACAAGUGGACUGCUUUUGUUUAUUGGAACUCAAUGUUUGGCAUUUGUCAUACAUGUGGCCGGAUCGGCAGUUUUAUUAGAUUACAGUACAUUGAAUUCAAGCGUACAGCCGAUAAUUCGUGACUCAAUGAGACGUUUAAUCAUGUCAUCGGCUGUACCUGAAUCAACGGCCGUUUUGAAAAUGAUUCAGGAAAAUAUUGGUUGCUGCGGUGCAGAUGGGUCUAAUGACUAUAUUAUUAUGCGUCAACCAUUACCAUCAACAUGCCGAGACACAGUAACGGGUAAUGCAUUUUUCCAUGGUUGCGUUGAUGAGCUCACUUGGCUACUUGAAGAUAAAUCCAGUUGGGUUGCCGGAUUGGCCAUGACACUUGCAUUCAUCUCGGUCAUAAAUGCGGUGCUGAGCUUGGUUUUAAUUCAGGCACUCAAAAAAGAAGAGGAUGAGGCCAGAAACUACAGACAAUAAUUAUUACGCUUUCGAAAAUAAAGCGACAUUUUCUGCUACCAACCAUGGAUUAUGUACACAUAUAUGUAGCUGUCUGUAUCCACCAAACGGGGCGCUUUUCACACUUAGUUCGUCCAACGUUCAUACAUAACUUUUUUUUUAAGAAAAAAAAAUUAAUUUAACGUUUAAAAUAAUAAUUAGUGGUAUGACAUUUUUUUCCUUCUUCUUGUAUAUGGCGAAUACGUGUUCUAUAGAAAGCCAUGCAGGAAAUUUAAUAUAGUUAUUUUUUUUUUAUUUUAUUCGGUAUAUAAUGAAAUGAGUAUAAAACAUUCGCUUAGCUUCAAGUUCAGAAUCAAGUUUAUGUUUUAGUUUUUACCCACAGAGAUCCAUCCAUUUCGACAAUUGACAAUAGAGACGACAGAAUUUUUAUGACGACUUUUUUUUUAACGCCAAAUAAAUUUUUCAUGAUUAUAUAUCGAAUGAUCCAUUUUAUGGGGUACUUACAAUUGAAUAUCAAUUCAUAUUUUCACAUCACAUCCUUUUGAUUAAAAACAGAAACACCGAUAUGCCAUAGCUAUAGAACAAUUCACCUCUUUUUUUUAAACGACAUAUUUAUUUUUAAGUUGGAAUCGAUUCAAAUAAAACUCUGUGCCUUCCUUCAA